CGUAGUCUGGGGCCCAGUAUAAGCAAAGUGCGUAGUCUGAAGAUGGACAACAAGAUCUGGACUGAGGAGCUGAUAGAGCUUUUCCUGACACUUUCCAACGAGGUCAGUAACAAGUUCUGGGCGGCCAACGUGCCCCCCAGCGAAGCCAUCGACGAGGGGAGCAGCGCGCAGGAGCGGAAGACGUACGUCGUCGCCAAGUACCGCGAGGGCAAGUACCGCAGAUACCACCCGCUCUUUGGGAACCAGCAGGAGCUCAAUAAGGCUCUCUGUGUGGCGGUGACCACCUCUGAUCUGACGGAGACGCAGUCCCUGGUGUUCUGUGGCGCUGACAUCUCGUGCACGUGUGGCGAUCAGUUUUUCUCGCAGCCCCUGGAUUUGGCGCAGCAGGCCCGGCAGAAGCUGCAGGAAGAAUUUCUGAGGCAGAACAGGACUUCAGGUGGGGGUUCUUGUCUAUAUAGUUGAGAUACUUAGAGAUGGGACUGAUGUAAUGAUCUAUGAGGUCUGACCACCUAUAGGGGGCGCAGGGUGCAGGUCUGGGGGAGUCUCGACUGCUGUAAGU